AUGCCCGAGUCGCAAUCGACCCCGGAUCAGCUCUCUAUCGAUGAUCUGACCCCUGAGGAGGCCAACCGCAUCAUCCACUCUCAUCGCAAGGUCCGCUAUGGCACAGCAUGCUGGCCGUGUCGCCAACGCAAGGUAAAGUGCGACAACAAACAACCCUGCGAGAACUGCGUCAAGCGCGAGCACCCGCAACUAUGCUCCUACAAGCCGAACCGCACCGCCUCCCACGGUGCCCACUACAAGCCUGCCGGCUCCGUCACCACCGAAGGCACCAACAGCGCUACCGGUGCCGCGGAUAACGGCACACCAUCGUCCGCCAACAAUCGCAAGAGGGCUCACUCACCCGAAGACCCCGUCUCCGACGCCGCCGCGGGCGCGCCUCCCUUGAAACAAGAAACCGGCGGCGCGAACUGGUCACGCUCGGCCAUCGUCGCGGCAAGUGUGGAAGAGACCGAGGCCCCCGAAGCCGUAACGCGGUAUCUCGGGCAGAACAGCAUCCCCUCCCUACUACGUGAGCAGUCGGCCGCCGAUGACAUGCAGGAAGGUGUCGACAUCCGUCAGGACAUGCGCUCGAUACUCGGUCUCGACACCUCGGCGCCCUUCCCGCUCAUGUCGUCCAAGCACCUCGACAGCCUGACGAGGGAGAUCUCCGCCGAGCUUCCCUCGGAUCGGGAAGUCAUGAAGCUUUUCCGUACGUACAAGGAAACCCCACAGCAGUUUUGGGGGUUCGUCGUCGACAUCGACGACCUCGAGUCCAAGCUCAUGGUCUACCUCGAAGACCGCGCCCGCAACGCGAGCAACGCGACGAGGACACCCAGGCCUGUAUCGGCCUCGUGGCUCGCCAUUCUCUUUGCCCUCCUCGCCGUGGGAUCUCAGUACCACGACUCGCCAUAUCACAUCCGCACGCGAGACUCGCAGAAGUACAUUCAGAUAUCCUUCCAUUUCCUGAGGCUAGGCAACUUCCUCCUGAGACCCACAUUCGACUCCAUCCAAGCUCUCCUAUUAACGAGCUUCGUUCUGCUUAACGACAUGAAGGCCGAGGCCUCAUGGGCGCUGCUCGGCCUAACAUGUAGGCUGGCGCAGUCUCUCGGCCUGCACCGUCCGACGCCCUCGGACGGGAGGGACAGCGCCCGCAACGACGUACAGUCCAAGGAGAUGAUCCGCCGGAAACUGUGGUGGACAUGCGUGUGGCACGACACCCUUACGUCGCUGUCAUUCGACCGCCCCCCGAUGACAAACAUUCCCUGCUGUCCGAUCCCGACGGUGCAUCAAACCGUCGCCGGUGAGUACGGCUACCUUGACACGAUGUACCACCUUUGCGACAUCAUCUCGCGGCGCCUAAACCCGGAUGCCGCGACGACCGUCACCUACGAGCAGAUGGUCGACAACUGCGAGGCCGUCGAGAACCUCCGCAACAUGGUCGCCCCCAACAUCCGCAUCAAGGAACAGUGCAAGCGGGCCAUGGACCGCCUCCAGCACUACGCCGUCCGCCUGCAUACAUCCUUCGUCAUCUCCGUCUGCUGCCGGCCGGCCCUGCGCCGGGACUGCACCAAGCUAACCCCCGAGCAAAAGAGCUACCUCUCGGAAAAGUGCCAGCACAACCUUGCCGAGACGGUCCGCAUGUUCCUCGCCAUGCAUCAGCUCUCCGUCAUCCCCACCCGCAGCUGGGCCUUCACUUACCACGGACUGUCGUCGGCGCUGCUCCUCGGCAUUCUGGGCGAGACCAAGAACAGCCCCGAGGUCCGUCAGCUUCAGGGCGACCUUAUCGCCGCGCUGUCCGCGACGGCCGCCAAGGAGGUCAACUCGCCGUCGACGCACGUCCCCAAGACGGAUAAAGACAUUGAGCUAUCCGGCCCGCUGUGGAGGGCGCUGACGGCUCUACGCAACAUCUACGAGCACGGCACUAUCAUGGGCACGUCGCAGAUGAAGGGCAGCGACUCGAGUGGCACGGCGAGCGGCGCGAGGACGCCGAUGCCGGCGAUGCUCAUGGGCCCCAUGGCCACCACCAAUGGCAACAACCUCAACGGCGGAAACGACGGCGUGAGUAAGGGUUUCGGCCUCGACCCCCACCAGGACGCCGCCCUCGCCAUGGCUGAGAUGCAGAACGGCACCGCCCUCGCCGAGUACGCCCCCAAGUAUGGCUUUGAUCCCUCCUUGCCGGAGUCGCAGUCGCUAAUCAGGCCAAGCAUGGCAUACCCACCCGUCAGCAUGGAAAACAUUACGAACCUGGACCCCUCGACAUACAUGUCGCCAAUGGACCUCUACGAAUCGAUUUGGUGGGAGUCCCCCGACCCUUGGAAUAGCGGCGUCGAUACUAUGAACUUUGACUUUGUCGCGCAGCCCCCGCCGGGCCAGCCUCAGCAGCAGUACUACUUCUGA